AUGAAGACAUCCUUGGUCCCUCUUACGACGCGAGGCAGCUUGGUGCUUCUUGUGGCCCUCAUCGUCCUCAGCGCCUCUACGCUCCUGUCUUUAUCAGGUAGAGCCAACUUCGCCGGAGGUCAGACUCAUUUGUCACUCAAACGGUCUCCCAAGUUCCUCAGUCUGCCACCUCUUCCCUUCAAGAAGCGAGAUGGAUGCGGGAACCCAAGCCAAGGCCAAAAGGCCUGCGGCGCUUGCAGACCCCCUGUAGCGUUCACCACUGCCGACUCCUUUUCUGCGCGAGCGUAUCACGUCCAGGCCGGGCAUGAAGCCAUCAAUGUCUCCUCCGCUUUUCUGGUAGCAGAGCGAACAAUUACCGAACCGACCCCCGGCAAGGAGGAUGAGUUUAUGUUCAACGAAAUCCCCAAAGCAACCCAAAUGGUAUGGGAAGUCCCAGAAGGCACCGACGUGAACACGGCCCUGUUCACCCCUUUUGACGGAAAUGAAGCCAUCAGCGUCGGCACCAGCCAUCUCUGCGGGUGCACCUCUCUGGUGAUCAUCAGCCAACGCGGCGUCUACACCACGCAUUACUGGGAGAACAUCUCGUUCGACCCGGAUGAUGAUUUUCGCCUGACAGUCAAGGGGGUCAAGGAAACCAACGAGCAAGUGUUUGUGCGGACCGUGCUUACGCCGCUCCAAAACGGCGCAAGUCGCCGCACCGUCGUCUCCCAGGAGAAGCUGGAUCCACGCAAGAUCGGGAACGCAGAGGGCGAUAACAUCAGAGCCUUCUUGGUGAGGCCUGAUGGGCCAGCUAAUGAUCAGUACGUGGAGGACUAUCGGCAGAAGUGGUCGCGGAUCAAGAGUACGGUGGGAGGAAUUGUCAGCCUGUUGGACCCUAAUACGGAAGCAGGAAGGGCGAGGUGGCAGGAGGUGAUUUAUGAGCCCACGGAUAACCAGCGCGUCCUGGCUAAUCAGGCGAACGGACGGAUUCUCAUCAAGUAUGACCCGGACCAUGAAGGGAAGAAGAAGGUUAUCCUUUGGGUGGAGAGGAAUAAGAUCUAUGAGCAUGAAUGGAACUAG